CUCACCUUUGUCGACCUGGCCGGCUCCGAGCGCACCAAGCGGGCGCGCACCGAGGGCGAGGCGCGGCAGGAGGGCAACGCGAUCAACCUCUCCCUCCUCAAUCUCAACAACGUCAUCAAGGCGCGCGCCGAUCGCAGCUCUGUUGUGCCGUACAACAGCUCCUCGCUCACCAAGCUGCUCGCCGACCGGCUCGGCGGCGCCACCCCGACGCUGGUGCUCGCCUGCGCCUCGCCGGAGGGGGAGCACGCGGACGAGACAAUCUCGACCCUGCAGACGAUGUCUCUCGCCCGCAUGAUAGAGACCAGGCCAAAGAUUGCGCGCAGACCUGCGACGAUCUCUGUGGAGGAGGCGGCCCGGCAGGCUGAGGAGGCGGCCCGGCAUGCAGUGCGUCCACUCCGGCGACCGUGA